CUCUUUCUCAUCAAAGACCACCACUAAAGAGCAAGACCGAGAUCUCUCUUUCUCUCUCUCUCUCUCUCUCUCCCUCCUCAGUGUAGAACUUACGAUGGUUUGUGAAACAGAUUUUGAUGUUCCAGUGACAUUCCCAGUGAUUGACAUCAGCCUUCUGUCCUCAGAAGAUGAGCUUCAGAAACUCAGUUCAGUUCUUAGGUCUUGCGGAUGCUUCCAGGUCAUUGGUCACGGAAUAUCGGUUGAAUUUCUUGACAAAGUGCGCGAAGUUGCUCAACAGUUCUUUGCAUUGCCAGUAGAAGAGAAACAGAAAUAUUCACGGGCUCCGAACGAGGCUGAAGGUUAUGGAGGUGACUUGGUUGUAUCUGAAGACCAAGUUAAGGACUGUUGCUAUCGCUUGUCUCUUAGAGUAUUUCCUGAAGACCAAAGGAGGAUGCAUCUUUGGCCCGAAAAUCCCGCCGAUCUUGGUAAAACCUUGCAUGAGUAUGCUCUCAAGAUAAGAUCGGUGAUCAGUGAUCUUUCUAAGGUGAUGGCCAGGUUGCUCGAGUUGGAAGAGAACAGCUUCUUGAACCAGUUUGGAGACCGGCCAGCGUUGGAAGCGAAGUUCAACUUCUACCCGCCAUGUUCGAGGCCUGAAGUUUUCGGUGCCAAACCUCAUUUAGACAGAUCGGGAAUCACAGUUCUUUUGCAGGACAAAGAAGUGGAAGGCCUCCAAGUCCUUGUAGAUGGCACAUGGCGCACAGUUCCUGUUAUUCCCCACGCUCUCGUUGUCAAUCUGGGUGGUCUGAUGCAGGUAAUGACAAAUGGGAUGUUCAAGAGCCCCUUGCACAGAGUAUUGACGAAUGCGAGCAAGUUGAGAAUGUCGGUCGCUGUGUUUGAUGAGCCAGAGGCAGAGAAAGAGAUCGGACCAGUCGAUCACUUAGUCAACCACACGAGGCCGAGGUUAUAUAGAAGUGUCAGGAACUUCACUGCUUUCAACUACGAGUGCUUCCAGAAAGGAAAGAAUUCGCUGGAGGAACUGAGAAUUUGACUUAUUCCAGAAUUUGCUGUGUAGGAUGCAUGUUGGUGUCCAUGGCAUGAAACCGAGUGCUAGUUUUGUACCCUAAAUAA